AUGGUUAAAGUAAAGACUCCAGGACGUGAAGCGUAUCGUAACGCGACUGAAGACCCAAAAAACAUACCGAGGAAAACUGAAAGUUUUGAUUCUUCUCAAGAUGAUUUAUGUGUUACUCCGCCUCAUCGUUGUAAACCUUCUAGUGAAAAAGCCAAAGAGAUUUAUCAUUCUUUUACUUCAAGCGUAGACGAUUCGGAUGAUGAUAAAUUGCAAAAUAUUCCUGAUGUUUCUCAAAGUGACGAACCUACAUUACGUCGAAGUACACGUUCUAGAAAACAAGUUUCAUUUCAACAGAUGUUACCAACUGUUGAAGCUAUCCCACUUCGUGGUGAAAUUCCUUGUGUAAAUAGUUCUGCUUCCACUUCAACAAAUUCAAAUAUUUCCGCCAAGAAAUAUCAAUUUUCAUUAUCCUCUCUUCUUCGAGAGAAGAAACAUCGUGAUAAAGUUGAUGAUCCAUUUGAUGUCUAUGAUCGUACAGAAAUUUCUGCUGCAAUAUUGAAUGAAGAUAUAAAACAUGAACAUCUACAACAGAUUUUUAAAGAAGAUGAAAGUGAUGAUUUAGAUCAACAAAUGGAAUUUUUCAUUGAUAAUAAUACAGAGAUGCCAAGUCCUACUUUGCAGACUACCAUGCAAGCGUUGGAUGAUCCUGCAUUUGCACUAAUAUCCGGUUCAUCUUCUGACGAUGAAACCCUAAAAUAUAUCCUAUGUCAAAAUUGGAUUCCACAACAAUAUGAACUUGGAAUGAAAUUACCACCUGAAACUAUUUCGUGGCUAUUAGAAUUAAUAAGCUAUGGAGAGGAUACAAUUAUAAUAGAAGCAGCUUCCCAUACUUUGAAAUGUCUCGCUGAAAUUAGUGGCCGGUACAGUAUAAAUACGACCGUUGAACCCACCAGUGUACCAUUUUCAUCAUUAUAUCAAAUAUUGUCCGCGUUUGGUGCGCCAUCACAAAUGCUAGAAUAUCAAUGUUUUUUGGAAGAACAAACGAAAUCAUCUUUGCCAUUUGAGCCAUCAUCCAAAUUUUCUUAUAUUUAUAAUCUACAAGUUCUUUUGAAAACAAUUGUACCCUUAGUUAAAAACAGAUUGUUAUCAUUCUCUGAUUAUGGAGAAAUAAGACAAGCGAUAUAUGUUGUCCUUCGCAUGUCUUUGGAUAGGCGCAUUUCUUUGAUAUCUAGUUAUAUUGAAAGAACAGUUGACUCAUUUUUAGAUCUUUUCAAAGAAGACGAUUGGGGUUCUCAGGCAAAACUAAUUUGUGAAGAUAUCGUUUCAGCAUGUGGUACAAUAACAAAAUUUAAUGCUGUUACGUUAGAUAAUUUACCUAUUUCAAUUCGUGGUCGUUUAUUAAGAAGACUUUUGGCAUUUAAAUCUCUCUUCACAUUAAGUUCAAUAACUUGGGAUAUAACUACGAUCGAUGUAACAAAACCAUUAUCAUUAGAACCACUUUUAUCGUUCUUUAACGGUGAAGAGUCGAUGUUUAAAAUUCAGAUUAAUACAAACUAUAAUGAGUUGUACUAUAAAGUAUUAUUGCUUAAUUUUGCUAUUGAUGAUGAAAAACAGAUGACAUGUGAAAAGUGGAUAUGA